AUGUCCACGCCUACGACCCCAGCAUCCUCCAAGGGUAAGCAGCUUGCUCGAGGGCAGAACCCUGCUCCAGCCCGUGACCCUGUUGAGCAACAGCCAGGAAAACCGGCUCAACACAUGGACGUCGACGACGACGAUGACGACGAUGAUGCGAACAAGGAAACUAGACGAGAGAUUCAGAUGCUCAAAGAACAAAUCCAAUACCUAAGCACCGAACUCAUCAACAUGGGCGGUACCCAGACCCGACAAGCCGCUGCCUACGAAAAACGCCUCGAGGAAAUGCAAAACCUUUCGACCACUGCAAGCACUAGAAAAGAAAUGGGAGAAAUUGUCAAGCCAUCUCCCCCCGGACUGUUUAAAGGAAGGCCCGAGACGCUUCAACCCUUCCUCACUCAGCUCCGCGCUUACUUCAUGUUCUUCCCAAGACAGUUCAGAACAGACAACAGCAAGGUUAUGUUCGCUGCCGGAAGACUGAGAGGCACCGCACUCAAGUGGUUCGAGCCCACUAUGCGCAAGUAUGUCAACAACCCUGCGUCUCCACCGGACGACGUGCAAGAGGUCAUGUUUGACUAUGGACAAUUUGAGAAUUCGCUGUUGCAAGUAUUCGGUUCUGCCGACGAAGAAAGAGAAGCCGAAAACCAACUCAAGAGGCUUCGACAGACCGGAUCCAUGUCUGAAUACGCCACCAAGUUCCUACAAGUCACUUCCAAGCUACCGUGGGAAUCUGACCACCUUAUGUCUGCCUUCUACGAUGGCAUGAAGGAAGAGGUCAAAGACGAGAUCUACAAGAUGGAUCGACCCUACGACUUGGCAACGUACAUGUCAAUGGCCGUCAAGAUUGACGACAGACAGUACAGCCGACGACGAGAGAGGAACCAAGGAAACAAGUACUAUCCCAAACCUUUUAGAAGAAGCAACAACCAACGAAGCAACAACGCGAACCAAGGCAAACCAAGACGCCAACAGUCAACCGCAUUUGGCCAGCACGCUGGACUAAUGGAACUGGAUGCGAUGCGCGAUAAAUCUAAGGAAACCUGUCACAGCUGCGGCAAGAAAGGACACUAUGCCCGCGAGUGCAGACAGAAAAAAAAGGAUUGUAAACCCGUGUAA